AUGCAGACAGUGCGCCGGAAGCACUUUCACAUUUUGUCUUUCACAGCUGGUUUUGCGGCAAGCAUAGUGUUAGGUGUCAUUGCAUUGUCCAUCUACCGUUUGACUUCUGUUCCGAAGGCAAGAGCAGAGAUCGAGGCUGAGAGCUGGAACUACUGUGGACGUUCGAGUGUCACGGCCAUGAGUCGUGGUUGUGUUAUGGAACCUAUGUUUUAUGGGUGGAUGCCGCCACAGUGCGUCUAUCAAGAACUGACAGAGUCCCUGCCAGUGUUUGAAGACCGCAAGUAUUUCAGUGAUGCGAAUUUGACUCAACCCAUACAAGUACCCCAACUCUGGGCCGGCGAGCAUAAUGUCAUAUACACAGACCGCUACCAUGACGAGCAUUGUCUUUUCCAGUGGAGGAAGUUGGAGUACGCUUAUAAUCACCAGAUGGAUUUCAUUGACAACAAGACCAUUAGCAUGCAUCACUCGAAACAUUGUGCGGAUCAACUAUCGAUAUCUUCUGAGAUUGCGAAUGGGCCUCGUGCUAAUUAUAUCGAGCUUGGAUUUUAUCGCUGCAGGAAGACGAUCUGGUGA